AUGCCCGCCGUGCCGCUGCGGACUGUCGCCGAGGACCGCUGCCUCAUCGAGACAACAGUGACUGCGCUGGCCUCCUACCUGGCUCUCGACCCCGUCGGAUCCACGGCGAUUCGCGGCAAGCGAGUCGUCGAGCUUGGGUGCGGCACCGGGCUCUGUGGUAUCGUGGCGGCGCGCCUCGGCGCAUCACAGGUGCUGCUCACCGAUGGCAACCCCGACCUUCUCGACCGUACGCGUGCCAAUGUGAAGCGCAACCUCGACUCUUCGGAUCGCGCGGCGGUCGAGUCCGCUGCGUGGCGACCGCUGGCUACCUGCGUUCGCGAGCUGCUCCGGCCAAAGGAAAGGACGCUGCUCCUCGCCGAGGCAGGCCACGAGGCGACGCCGGCCGAGUCGAGCGUCGCAGGCUUCCAGGCGUGCGCCGAGGGUGCCGGCUUGCGCUUUGACGGCGUCGAGCGGCUGGGCUACGGCGAGACCCUGCUCGUCCGCGCGGGGCGAGGGAGCGAGGGGUGCGGUUGCUAG